CACUCCUUCACCUCCGCCUUCCUCUUCUCCAUCGAGGUGCAGGUGACGAUUGGCUUCGGCGGGCGCAUGGUGACGGAGGAGUGCCCGGCCGCCAUCCUGGUGCUGAUUGUACAGAACAUCGUGGGGCUGGUGAUCAACGCCAUCAUGCUGGGCUGCAUCUUCAUGAAGACCUCGCAGGCCCACCGCCGGGCCGAGACCCUCAUCUUCAGCAAGCACGCGGUCAUCGCCCUGCGGGAGGGCAAGCUCUGCUUCAUGCUGCGCGUGGGCGACCUGCGGAAGAGCAUGAUCAUCAGUGCCACCAUCCGCAUGCAGGUGGUGAAGAAGACCGCCAGCCUGGAGGGCGAGGUGGUGCCCCUCAACCAGAUCGACAUCCAGAUGGAGAACCCCGUGGGGGGCAACAGCAUCUUCCUCGUCUCCCCACUCAUCAUCUACCACGUGAUAGACAAGAACAGCCCCCUGUAUGACAUUUCCCCCAUGAACCUUCACCACCACGAGGACCUGGAGAUCAUUGUCAUCUUGGAAGGGGUGGUGGAGACCACGGGCAUCACCACUCAAGCCAGAACCUCCUACCUGGCAGACGAAAUCCUCUGGGGCCAAAGGUUUGUGCCCAUUGUGGCAGAGGAAGAUGGGCGAUACUCUGUGGACUACUCUAAAUUUGGCAACACAGUGAAAGUGCCCACCCCUUCUUGCACUGCGAGGCAGCUGGAGGAGGACAAGAGCAUUAUGGACACCAUGACAUUGUCCCCUAAAGGCACAAUGAGGAGGAGGUCUGUCAAGCUAAAACCCAAGUUUACCAUAAGCGAAGAGCCUUCUUGAUGCCUUCUGACUGGAAAACUCUGUUAGGGCUUUGUAUCUGAAAGAUCUCAUGAACUCAAAACACUGAGGUGGCCUCUUACUUUUUUUUAAAUUCAGGUUGGUAGCACAAGGUAUGUUCUGGUGUUAUUUACUGUGGGGAAAUCUAAAGCUAAUUAUAUUUUUUUAAAGGUGUGAGAGAUUUCAAGCAGAACUGGGUGUAGGAAAAUCAUGGUCUGCAGCUUUAAAUUUCAAGUCAGACUAUUUAAUUGCACGAUCAUUCUGCAUUGAUUCAACUGCAGGUAAUAACACAUUUUCUCAAAAAAUAAAUGUGUAUUUAUCCUCAGACAUUGCAGUUUCUAGGGUCUUGCAGUGUUUGCAAGUGAGUAGUUUUUAACUGUUUUUUUUUCUUACUUGAACAAUCAAUAUAGCAAAAUAAAAUAUUAAUAUUUAAUAAAGUAGGCUGGAUUUAAAUUAUAACAAAUGGGUCAGACACUGUUAUGUAUGACAGAAGACCAGAUCUGGAAGUGUCUAUAUAUCAUACUCUAUGUCUAAAAGAAAUAUACUGCUGGAUUUGCAUCAUCCAUAUUGUGUUGUAUGGAGCCACUCCUACUAGAUGCAAUAUGAAAUGUAUUUGAAUAUUUACCUUUGUUUAUUUUAAAAACCUUUACACUUCCAAAAUAAAACAUUCAGGAAUACCUAUUUGGACUGUACAUUUCUGAUAGUAAGCAAUACUUUACCUUUAAAAGGAGUAACAAAUAAUAUGCAGUUGAAAUUAAUUAUAAAUCAGAAGAAUUAUGUAUUUCAAUUUCUACAUGAAGAGAAGCAAGAUUCUCCCCCUCCCUGAGCCGCAUGGCAAUAGGACACUCAGUAAAGAAACUAACCUCUCAUGGGUCACGGUAAAUUCUGCUAGAUAAUCAGGGAAUAAAAAUAGAAUUAGAUAUUUUAAAUGAAAGGGCAGUGCUGAAUGCUGAAAUUAUAUCUGCAUGCAGUAGGCAAAACCUUUCACUCCUUUCCCUUUUGUAAAAAAAGCUGAGGUUUUUGUGCUUAGAGGAAGGAGGGAUGUGUAAGGCAGUGUGGUCACUUCUGGAGUGCUGUGUCACAAAAUACACUCCUGCUGAGGAAA